UUGUAGGUAAACAUGCAGGGAGAAAAAUACUAGCCGUGUCAGAUAUCCUGGAGCUAUUUGACUUUCUAACGAAAAAAUAGAGCUAUAUAGAAAAAAGCAGUGGCAUGGGAACUUGUUGGCGUCAGGUAACAACAUGUCAGGUAAGUUUACAUGAACGUGACAUCGACAGGCGGAUUGAUGCAGCGUCUGCAGUCAUGCGGACUCUGCGUCGGUCCGUAGUGGUAAAGAGGGAGCUGAGCUGAAAAGCAAAGCUAUCAAUUUACCGGCCCAUCUACUUUCCUACCCUCACCUAUUGUCAUGAGUUUCAGGUAAUGACCGAAAGGACAAGACUGUGGGUACGAGCAGAUGAAACGAGUUUUCACCUUUGGAUCCGCCAGGAGGAGCCAGACGAAGUGGCCGGGGAGAGGGAAGUCUGGGCAUCCCUGCUUAGGCUGCUGCCCCCGCCACCCGACCUCGGAUAAGCCGUAGAAAAUGGAUGAUCACAGAAGAACUUGCGACAUGCAGAGGAAGCUGAAAGGCCCACACGCCCGCAAGAAGAAGCCACAAAAUCCCGUCCACCCGGGCUUCUUCUUGGUCACUCCGCUCAUCUUGAUCGCCGUGGCGACGGCGUGGCCUAACCUGUCUUGGCCGUGGGACUCCGCCGCCGCGGCACAAAGCACCCAGGCCACUGAUACCCCAGAACAAAACCUCCUGCAGCAACUGACAACAAUGAAACAGGACAUGGAUGAGUUGAAGACCCUCUUGAAGAAACUGGUGACACGUGUGGAUGAGCUUGAUGAAACAGCAGCAGCUAUCGUCCACAUUGAGAAUGUGACCCGUACGGUUGAAACACAAGCAGCAACCAUGCAGAAUCUGAACACACUUGUGGAGAAGAUUGAUGGAGUAGCAAAAAUUGCGCAAGUUGAGGUUCUGACGACACGUGUGGACGCUCUUGAAAGAGAGAAAACGGAGCAAGUGAAAAAGGAGGAGAAAACGGAGCAAGUGACGGUUCUGACGACACGUGUGGACGCUCUUGAAAGAGAGAAAACGGAGCAAGUGAAAAAGGAGAAGGAGAAAACGGAGCAAGUGACGGUUCUGACGACACGUGUGGACGCUCUUGAAAGAGAGAAAACGGAGCAAGUGAAAAAGGAGAAGGAGAAAACGGAGCAAGUGACGGUUCUGACGACACGUGUGGACGCUCUUGAAAGAGAGAAAACGGAGCAAGUGAAAAAGGAGAAGGAGAAAACGGAGCAAGUGACGGUUCUGACGACACGUGUGGACGCUCUUGAAAGAGAGAAAACGGAGCAAGUGAAAAAGGAGAAGGAGAAAACGGAGCAAGUGACGGUUCUGACGACACGUGUGGACGCUCUUGAAAGAGAGAAAACGGAGCAAGUGAAAAAGGAGGAGAAAACGGAGCAAGUGACGGUUCUGACGACACGUGUGGACGCUCUUGAAAGAGAGAAAACGGAGCAAGUGAAAAAGGAGAAGGAGAAAACGGAGCAAGUGACGGGUCUGACCACCCGUGUGACGACGCUGGAAGCGGCAGCCAGUCGGGUGGCGUUCUCAGCAAUGAUCAAAGAUAAUAAUGAAUUCAAGAGUGGGGAGAAGGUGAUCUUCUCUGAAGUGUGGACCAACGUGGGUGACGACUAUGACGAGAGCACAGGCAUUUUCAAAGCACGCAUUGGGGGCCUCUACUUCUUCACCGUCACCAUCCACACGCAUGGGGGGGACAUAGAGCUCCAUGUGUAUAAGAAUGAGGAGCAGAUGACCUACAUGUAUAACCCCACUAAAGGAUAUCACGGCAGUGAGACCAACAGCUUGGUGAUGCAACUGAAGAUUGGAGACAUCGUGUAUGUCAAGGCUGAUGAUUACAGAGUCAAGAGCAACACCUUACAAAGCAUGUUCAGCGGCUUCCUCAUCCAUCGCAUGUAAACUAGAUGGAGGUGAGCGCAUUCAUCCAUGAUAUUAUCGAUACCAGGGUGGUAUCGGUAUGGGAUGGAUGCUAGCAGGAUGAGAUGGCGAGAUGAGUUUUCUUUAUUCAAUAAUCCGUGUGGCUUUUCAUGUGUGUAAUAUUCUACAUGUUUGGUAUCAUUGAUAUCGGCUGGUCUGAUCCAGUUGUCUACUGAUACUUGAACGGCACGUGUCAGGAUUGCUUUUUCAACAGCUGCCAUAGGCUGACGACACUUCCCGCGUACGCUAACGUUGACUAUUUGCGUGUACUUCUCCUACCUAACCCCUAGAAAGGGACUGUUUGCAAGCGUCGCUAGAGGGCGCUAACGAGUAUUUUGCUGGUGACAUGCUAGCCGUGGGUGAUGUCAAACAGUCCCUUUAAAUGUUGAUGUAUUUCUACAUCACAGCGGAAACGUGAGUUCAUUCCAGAAGGUCUCGACUCCCAACCGAAGCCAUUUCAACACAGGAAAGUUUUUGCUGAUGACAUCAUAGACGGGCGACGUAGCUGACCUCCCCGGUUGCUUGUCAGCAAGCGCACGAUGCUCACACGGAUGUUUAGUGAUCAUGAAGUGUGCCGUAUUGUACGCAAACCGAGGCUACAUUUUGGAUGAAACACGCUGACGUUCUGCUUUUUGACUUUGAUGAGAAUGUUUACAUGCUACUGAAUGUUUGGAUUUCCUUCAAUAA